GAGUCAGGCAGACGGAGAGAGGAGUCCCUAGGCUGGACCACUCCCUGGGAAGAUGAGAAGAGCGCAGGGAGCUGCGGAAGGAAGGAGCCGCCUCUGACCUGCUGGGAGGGUGCCUCCGGGUGGUCCUUGGAAUAGAGGCAGACCACCACACUGGCUGUCGUCUGAAGGCGAUGUCAGGACCCGAAGCUCCCAGCCACAACAGGAGGCUGCCCUCCGACAUGGAAAAUGGGCAGCGGGGGCUGGAUGCCGAGCAGAUGCAGCAACAGCAGCUCAAACUACGCGAGAGGCAGAGAUUCUUUGAGGAGGUUUUCCAGCACGAUGUUGAUUUCUUCUUCCCAGUGUCCCAUCUGCAGAUAGAGCACAGGAGACCUCCCUUAGGCAGCAUUUCCUCCAUGGAGGUGAAUGUGGACAUGCUGGAACAAAUGGACAUGAUGGACCUCUCUGACCAAGACACUGUGGAUGUGUUUCUCAGCUGCGGGACAGAGGACAACAACAACGUCGCUGCUCUCUUGCCAGAUUCCAACCACUACCAGGAGGAAAUUUCUCUGCAAGUGCCCAACACCGCUGAGAUCAAAUCCCGGAUCUCGUCCACGUCCUCUGCCUCUACGGACCUGAACAGCCUGGAUACCAGCGAGGAAGGGGCCGAGACCCCUGUGGUGCAGUCCGAUGAGGAAGAACUGCAGCAAGACGGCCCUGAAGAACAGGAGACCAAGAGCUAGCGUGGAACAGGGGGGAUUGUUUUGUUCUGCAUCCACCCCACCAUAUGGGACCUUGCCAGCAUGAAGUGAUGAAGGAACGUGGCUGGCUGGCUCUUUUGACUCCCACUGAGUAAACCCCACAGAUGCUCCCUGUCCCAGUUGUUGUAGUUGAGGAGGGUUAGAAAUAAGCCUCCCCACUGCAAGAUGAUCCAUCCAUGGAGAGGGUGAGGAGCAGAGGGAGGAUGGAGUGAGGCAAGGGAACUGUAAACAUUUUAAAAAUAACAAUAAUCUAACUCUUCAGGCUUCUACAGCUAAUGCUCCUGCUUCACUCACCCUCUCAGUUUGCUGCGGCCCAGGCAACAGUUAUUUCAAGCAAAGCCUUUGUGCAAGCGUGCAGCCUCCCCUGUCCCCAACACACACACAUAUACACCACGGCUGUUUAACUGUGACAUAAUAGAGAAUUAUAUUCCUUUCAAAACAAA